AUGCACGCCGAGGGCGCGCAGGCGCUGUUCCAAGAGGCAAAGACCGCGUACGAACAAGCGUGGGCGUUAGUGGAGACGCAGCGAACGGUGCAGGGAACGACGAUGUGUUAUCCGACGCUCAUACCGGAUGAAAUGGUGAACAAGAUUGGACGUGACGCGUGUGGUACGUGCUCUGGGGAUCGCAGUUUGUGCUUGGGUUGCUCAGUGGGCGACACGCUGCUGCCCAUCGGACCUUUGGGAGGGCUGCACGAAGACGAUUGCGGCGUGUGCGAUGGAAGCAACGUGUACGACGUGUGCGGUGUUUGUGAGGGAUUCAAUACUGAAGAGAGCAAUAACUGUCGCGGAUGCGACGGCGUCACCGCAAGCGGCGCUGUGAAUGACGCGUGCUACGGCUCGAGCGAUCCACGAAUGGUGGACGAGAACGGGGACCUUAAGUUUCCGCUCGGUACCGUUGGGAGCGGUUGUAGUGUUCCGUCAGAGUUCAAAACAGCGUGCGACGCCGGUGGAGGUGGUUGCUGCGGAUGUGACGGCGUCCCAAACAGCGGAAAAUCGUUGGACAUUUGCGGCACGUGUUUGGGGGCAAGCGACCCGGCGCGCGUAACAGACGCGGGGCGGUGUGACGACGCAAUAUUUUUAGUGCGGCUCCCGAGCGGGCUGGUAAUCGGACCGUACACGAGAAGCGAAGUGAGGAGUGGAUUCCUGACAUAUACCGAUACUUCGACGCUCACGGACACCGUCUAUACUGUAUCAUCCGAUACGCUCAUCGCAAACGCCAAAGUUGAGAAUGUCGUUGCAAAUGUCAGUUAUGGCAUGACUUCCGUGGCCCAGGAGUACGUGGAUUCAUGGAGAUCAAUUUUCGUGGAUCAGCGCGAAGAUAUCCUCAGCGCUAGCAGUGAACCAAACGUCACGAAUGUCGUCACAGUCUCUGCGAGUAGCGUGCAGAAUACAAGUGAGUACGUAGCGCUUCAGUACAAGGAAGAAUUUUUGGGUUCAAUUUAUCCAUACUGCACCGGAGCGACAUACGGUAGUUACGGUGUAGCGGCAACCGUCGGGCACAGACUGCACGGUAAGAAAACGGGUGCAAAUUAUCUCGGUCUUAUUACGAGCGGAGAUCUUAGCGAUCUCGACGAUUGGAACGAUGCACUCGACAAGGUAGAUUUCUCUUGGAAUAAGCUGGAUCAGUACAUCUUGGAUAAAGUCGAGGGCUGGGCCGAUCAGCGUUGCGAGUGCCAAUCUGAGUGGCGAUUCUAUCCCGAGCCGACUCCACCUACAUGCGAGCGCGUGUGGUUGCAAGCUAGUGACGAAGAGAAGACUGCUAGCAUGGAGCGCAGUGCGGCGACCGGGUCCUGGACCGUCGAUGGUGGCUGGUGGAAGCAAGACUACGGGCAGAAGACAUCGCAGACGCAACUCAGCGCGCGUGGACCUUUUCGCAUUGAUGCUUUUGGCUACCUGUCCAAAAAAAUCACUCACAGUGCCAGUCAGGAGACUGACGAGAAAGGCCCAUGUGAGUACGAAGCGAUGCGUAUAAUCGACGGGACGUCGAAUUCAACCGGUGCCGUUUGGUAUCCAGAACGCCAACCGGUACUUAAGGGGUUUGAGGUCAACUUCACGUUCAUGAUCACCCAAGCGAGCAUCUUGUGCGAAUCCGUAGACAGCGUCUCCAGAGCGUUUCAGCAGUCCAUCCAUAAUAAAUUGUACGAAAAGUGCCGUACAUCCGGAGGAGAUGGUUUUGCAUUCGUUAUUCGCGAUGACGUGACCGUUUUGUCCGCGUCAGCGCUGCCUCCUCUCGGAAGAGCUGGACCGAAUCUCGGGUAUGCUGGUAUCAACAAUUCCAUCGCGUUCGAGUUCGACACAGUUUACAACGCCGACUUCAACGAGCCGCGCGAGGGGCACGUGAGUAUUCAAACACGUGGUCGUUUAUCAAAUACCGCUCACGCCAGUGCCAGUCUCGCGUCGACCACGAAAACGGUCAACGACGGUCGAAUCCACACGGUGGUAAUCAAGUACGAGCCUGCGCUCGACGAGGAGGAAUUAUUCUUUAGACUAGAGUCCGGCGACGUCGGUCUCUCCACCGCUCUCACGUCACACACGGCCGACACGAUCGGCAUACUCUCGCUGUACCUCGACGAUCUCACCAGCCCUCUGAUGAGCGUCCCAUUCAACUUUGAAAGCGUCCUGCGAGACGACUCCACCGAGGCCUGGGUCGGUUUCACCGCCUCCUCCGGCGACAACUACCAAGCCGUGGACGUCAUCGACUGGAGCAUGGUCUCCACGACGUAG